GGGGAGGGGAGAAUGCCGGGCGAUGGGACGGGGUUCAAGAUGGCGGCAGCCGUGCAGUCGAGCGAACGCGCUCUCGAGCUGUGAACCGCGCGAACGUUGCUUCACCAACGACGACGACAACCGCGUGAAAUGGACCGGCUCGCUCGUGGAUCGUCAAAGUCCGUCGCGCCGAUCUCGUAGCUCGCGCAAGAACACGUCGCAUAUGUAAUAUCCGGCGAUGCUCGCUUGACAUUGCACGCGUUCCUCGAUUCUUGAACCGGGUUUCGAAAGAAGAAAAAAAAAGAACGAAAAAGAUAUCCCGUCACUCGCUCGUCUCGGACCCGCGAACAUCCUCUCGGAGUACACCAGCGAGAUUACGCGCUCGCCGGAGUGUCGUCGUCGUCCUCGUUGUCCUAGCACGUCGCCACACGUCGUGACGAGAUAGCGCGCGAGGUCUCGCGGGCACUUGGUUUGUCAUGGCAACAAAAAAUGAUGAUGGAGUUAGCGAUGAUACCAGUGGGAGUGACUUCGACGAUGAAGAAGAUCCUGAUAAAAUUGAAGUGCCUGGUGGGGGUAAAGAUCUUGCAACUGCCGCUGUAAUUGGAAGUAUCAAAGAUGAGAAGUCGAUAUUGCCGAAUGCGGACUUGUCGAUAAAUCCUUUGGAUAAAACUCAGGGGGCGUUAAACGAAUUAAACCAAAAAUUUGGUAAUAAAAUUCCUGGAGGAUUAGUGACUAAAGCUACACCACCAGGUUACGAAAUGGUGCAUGUAGGAGGAUCUCAAAGCACCCCAUCGGCUGGUGGAUUUGUUAACGCGAAUCAAUUGAAUCAACUGAAUCAGUUAGCAGCUGGUGGUUAUCCUGCUGGUUUUCCACCUGGAUUAGCUCUUGCAGCAGGAUUCAACCCUGCUGCUUUCCUUCAAUCAAGUAUGGACAUGAACGCUUUAAUGGGUAGUUUUAUGGGUAUGCCUGGAAUGAACAUGGGAGUCAAUCCUUUUGUACAGUUUCUCAAUCAAAGUGGAAUUCCCAAUUGGGCAGGACUUCCAGGGAAAACGGUGUCACAGAUGUGGAUGAAUGCAGGUGAUCCAACGAAAUUAAUGCAACCAAAUAUUCCAGAGGAGGAAGAAGUAGACGACGAAGAUAUGGGUGUCGCUGAGACUUAUGCCGAUUAUAUGCCAAUGAAACUGAAACUCGGGCGAAAGCAUCCUGAUCCGGUUGUGGAAACGGCAUCAUUGUCAAGCGUCGAGCCAACGGACGUUUGGUACAAGCUCUCCAUACCGGAGGAGUCGAUACGAACCGGUGCGCUCUCCGCCCUUCAACUAGAGUCCAUCACGUACACCUCUCAACAACACGAGCAUCUCUUACCCGACGGCACACGCGCCGGAUUUCUGAUCGGCGACGGUGCGGGUGUUGGUAAGGGCAGGACUAUAGCCGGUAUUAUAUUCGAGAAUUACUUGAAGGGUCGAAAACGUGCCAUCUGGGUGUCGGUGUCGAACGACCUCAAAUACGACGCCGAGCGCGAUUUGAAGGACAUAGGUGCAUCGAAAAUAGAAGUACAUCCUUUGAAUAAAUUUAAAUAUGCGAAAAUCUCGUCAGCUGUGAACGGUAACGUGAAGAAGGGUGUGAUCUUUAGCACGUAUUCUGCAUUAAUUGGCGAAUCGUCGCAGAGCGGUGGGAAAUACAAGAGCCGAUUAAAACAGUUGUUGCAAUGGUGCGGCGAAGAUUUCGACGGUCUGAUAAUUUUCGACGAGUGUCACCGGGCGAAGAAUCUGUGCCCUACCGGAAGUUCAAAACCUACGAAGACAGGAUUAACUGUCUUGGAACUGCAGAAUAAGCUUCCGAAGGCUAGGGUCGUAUAUGCCAGCGCAACCGGCGCUUCUGAGCCUCGCAACAUGGCCUACAUGGUUCGAUUGGGUAUGUGGGGUGAGGGUACGCCUUUCCCGGAGUUCAACGGUUUUAUCACUGCCGUGGAGAAGCGCGGUGUCGGCGCGAUGGAGAUCGUAGCGAUGGACAUGAAGCUGCGCGGCAUGUAUAUCGCUCGGCAAUUGAGUUUUCACGGUGUUGCCUUCAAGAUCGAGGAGGUGCCUCUUUCCAAGGAUUUCACGAAGGUUUACGAUCAUUCAGUGCGACUGUGGGUGGAAGCGAUGCAGAGGUUCCAGGAAGCGGCAGAGCUGAUAGACGCGGAGAAUCGCAUGAAGAAGACAAUGUGGGGCCAAUUCUGGUCGGCGCAUCAACGUUUCUUCAAGUAUCUUUGUAUCGCCGCGAAGGUGAAACAUGCGGUAUCCGUGGCUCGUGAGGCGGUCAAAUGUGGCAAAUGCGUGGUGAUCGGUUUACAGUCUACCGGCGAGGCACGUACUUUGGAACAGUUGGAACGUGACGACGGUGAACUCAGCGACUUCGUCUCUACCGCAAAAGGAGUACUGCAAACGCUAGUGGAAAAACAUUUUCCCGCACCGGAUCGUAAUCGCAUUCAGCGUCUUCUCGGUUUAGAACCGCCAAAAUUCAAAUUAGACGACGACGAUAUGGACGGUGCUGGCGGUUCUGCGGGAGGCAGCAAGAGGAAGCCGAUCCGGCAAGCGGCACAACGUGCGACGAAGAAAGUGCGGUCCUGGUCGUCGGAAGAUGAGAUAUCGGACGAGGACAGGAAUGGCGCUCACAGUUCCGGCUCCGAAUACAAAUUAAGUGGCACCGAAAGUGAGGACGAUCACCACACGGACGAAGAGAGUAACGUCAGCUCCGAUUUUAAUCCGUUCUUCAGCGACAGCGAUUCCGACGUUGAUCCCUGGGAUAGGCGAAAGAAAAAGGGCAAGAAAGGGCAGAAGAAACCCGCGAAGAAACGUUUGAGCACGCAGGAUAAAAUCCAGUCGAUGCUGGUGCAUAAACAGUCGAGCAAUAAAAAUAAGCGCAAUGGCGACACGGCGAUUAGCGGGCCUAUGGGCGCUAUGGGCGGAGGUGUGCCUCAUAAUCAGGCCCCGCCUAGAGACGCCAUCGAAAGGGCUUGCAGCAUGAAGGAGGAGUUAUUAUCGCAAAUAGAGGCUCUUGGCGAGCGAUUGCCGCCAAAUACGCUAGACCAAUUGAUAGACGAACUCGGCGGACCGGAAAACGUCGCAGAAAUGACGGGUAGAAAGGGUCGUGUCGUGCAAAGGGAGGACGGUGGAAUAGAGUACGAGUCCAGGUCAGAGGUGGAUGUUCCUUUAGAAACUCUUAAUUUGACGGAGAAACAAAGGUUUAUGGACGGCGAGAAAACCGUAGCGAUAAUCUCCGAAGCGGCCAGUAGCGGUAUAUCGCUACAGAGCGACAGGCGAGCUAGGAAUCAAAUGCGACGUGUGCAUAUCACGCUCGAGUUGCCGUGGAGCGCGGACAGAGCGAUACAGCAAUUCGGACGAACGCAUCGAUCGAAUCAGGUCAACGCGCCGGAAUAUAUAUUUCUUAUAUCGGAUUUGGCCGGGGAGAGGCGAUUCGCCUCGAUCGUCGCGAAGCGUCUGGAAAGUCUGGGCGCGCUAACGCACGGCGAUCGUCGCGCGACGGAGACCCGAGAUCUCUCGCAAUUCAAUAUCGACAACAAGUACGGUCGCGCGGCUCUGGAAGCGACGAUGAAGACCAUAAUGGGAUAUGAGCCGCCGUUGGUACCACCACCUCAGGAUUAUCACGGUGAUUUCUUCAAGGACGUGGCGGACGCGCUAGUAGGCGUCGGUUUGAUUUGCAACAGCGAGAACUCGCCUGGCGUGCUCACGCUCGACAAGGAUUACAACAACAUGUCGAAGUUCCUGAAUCGAAUCCUCGGGAUGCCAGUCGAUCUGCAAAAUCGUCUGUUCAAAUACUUCACCGACACGCUCAACGCCAUUGUGACUCAGGCCAAGAAGACCGGUCUCUUCGACAUGGGUAUUCUUGAUCUCGGUACAGCAGGCGAGAACGUUCGCAGGGUGCGUAUUUUCCGGUUUCUGCGGAAGCACGCGACCGGCAAGGCGCCAACGGAACUGCACGUAGUUCACGUUGAACGUGGUAUGAGCUGGUCCGAAGUCAUGGAAAAGUUUGUGGAGCUGACUGGAGCCAAGGAGGGUUUCUAUCUGAGUCAUCAGAUCCGCAAUGGCAAACAGACGGCUAUUCUCGCAGUUGUGGUGGACAGCAGCACCAAGAAGAAGUCCGAAAGCAAGAAGGAUCAGUUUUAUAUGGUGUACAGGCCCAAUACUGGUCUGCAGAUACGACAAGAGACUCUAGGCGAAUUAGAGAAGAAGUACAAGAAGGUGAGCUCAGACGAGGCGGAAUCGCAUUGGAUACAGCAGUACGAGGCCUCUGUGAACACGUGUUCGCACGCGUAUUGGAGUGGCAACUGUAAAAAUGCCACCCUCGGCAUAGAUUGCGAAGUGGGGCUAAGAAGACGUUCCUAUAAUAUAUUGGCUGGUUCGGUUCUGAGCGUUUGGAGCCGCGUCGAAAAUGUGCUCGCCGCACGGUCCAGGCAUAACUCUAAGAUGCAAGUUAUACGAUUGCGUACGGAUGAAGGAUUGAAAAUUGUCGGGACGCUUAUCCCGAAAUCUUGCAUGGAGCCGUUGCGUCAAGCGCUCUCCUCCGACGCGGAGAAGACGGAGGAGCAGACGUUCUAAGCGCCGAGUCUCAAGGAUAUGAAUUAGGACCAAGCGAGACUCUCAACGUGAUGUAACAUGCCGCGACUGUAGGAAGACCCUUUUUUUCCUAAAUCUUUCGUCCAAACGCGAGAAGAGGAGUGAAUUACGAGCGCAACCGCGUGAUUACGUAUGUCCGUGUUUAUUACUUGCCUGGAAUCGUUAAGACGUGGCACCAAGUAGAUUCCGAAUUGAAUCUACUAAUCAGCGUGACAAAUACGACUAAACGCUUCCGAUUAACCAUCGACAAGGCUAAGAUCACAACUUGCUGCUUAUUUCUUUGUCAUGUCUAUGCAAUCGUUUGCGAUAAAUUGUAGCAUUCACCCGCCACAUACCAACGUAGAUUUCUAAGUAGUUAGAUUCUUUUUAUCAUUUCCCAUAUUAUAUAUAUUAUAUAUACGUGCCCCUGCCACGCUGAUUAUAAUUAGAAAAGGAAGUUUAUUUUUUAUGUCGUCGCCGUUUAUCAUAUUUUUGCCCAUGAAAUUCUAGCAGACGGACGUAGCACGUGUGGCACGUAGUAUAGGAUGAAUACUCUAUUUGUCCCGACUGUACCGCGGGAGAGAGUAAUCGCUUAGAAGAAUGACAGAGCACGAGAGAGAGUGGCAGAGUAUUUUCCUUGUAGGUAAUGCGAAGUAUAAUCGAUUAAUAGUCCACGAUUUUAGGAACGCGUUCAGUUCUAAGCUAGCCCGUAGCGCCUAACGUCCGAAGAGCAUCGACUGUUAUCGUAGAGUAGUGCCAGUAUUUUCAGUUAAACGUGAUAAUAUCGAGGGAACGAAAAUCGAGAAUAGCAAAGUGCGGUCGAGGCAAUCGGUCCUCUUCGGAAGGUAUAGAGGUAUACGCGAUAGCUUCGGUUUUUGUUUGGUCGUUAAAUCGAUCGGACAAUUAGAAAGGCGUUAAACGCAUACACAUGCUACUGCUACCGUUACUACUAUAGCUACCAUUAUUACUAUAAAUUACUGCUACUGCUAUACUAGUACUAGUGCUCUACCGUUACAAAAAACUAUCAUUAAUAUUACCUAGAUCUAGAGAGACGAGGUAAUCUCAUGUGUAUCGUAAGUACGUGCUUUUUCAAUUCUAACAGAAUUUAAAAGACGCGACUUAAUGUAAGUGCCAAGUUAUAUGUUCUAUUAUUUUCUUUUUUCUCCCUUUUUUUAUUGUUGGCAAAACAAAUCGAUUAAAAAAUUGAUUUUUAUUAAAUGAUUUUUGUUUUGUUCAACAUGUCGUUCAAGAUAUUGUAAGGAAAAAAGUCACAUUUCCGACAAGCAAUUCGUGAGUAUUAUCUAUUAAAUAGUAGUCCAGUACAUAAAAAGAUAUGUAUGAAAGUAAAAUAAGAAAGUAUUUUUGUGAUAUUCCAAAAUAUUACAUUAAACCAGAAUUUUUUAUUUCUCAGCAAAUGAGCCAUAUAAUUUUUUUUUGUUCGUCUAUAUUUUUCUGCGUGGUUUUACGAUAUUUUGAAACGAAACGUAGAAACGUCCAGUGUCCGAUACCUUCCUAUAUACCUCAACGAGAUAUUUGCCGAAAUUGCACGAUCGCCCCGUCUCUCGACGAUCUCCACCUAUAACUAAUUAGCC